AUGAGUUACAGUGACAAAGAGGUGUUUGUUGCCAUCGGGGACCACAAUGGCCACGUCGGUCUAGGUGUUAAAUGCUCCAAAGAAAUAGCCACCGCCAUUCGGGGGGCCAUCAUUCUGGCCAAGCUGUCCAUUGUCCCUGUGCGAAGAGGCUACUGGGUGAACAAGAUUGGCAAGCCCCACACUGUCCCUUGCAAGGUGACUGGCCGCUGUGGCUCUGUCCUGGUAUGCCUUAUCCCUGCCCCCAGGGGCACUGGCAUCAUCUGCCCCGUGCCUAAGAAACUGCUCAUGAUGGCUGGCAUUGAUGACUGCUACACCUCAACCAGGGGCUGCACUGCCACCCUUGGUAACUUCGCCAAGGCCACCUUUGAUGCCAUCUCUAAGACUUACAGUUACUUGACUCCUGACGUCUGGAAAGAGACGGUGUUCACCAAGUCUCCUUAUAAGGAAUUCACCGACCAUCUCGUCAAGACCCACACCAGAGUCUCCAUGCAGAGGACCCAGGCUCCAGCGGUGGCAACGACAUAG